AUGAAAAUGACCCUCGAAAGUGAUGCCGUGGCAGGCGCGACAAUUGAGCUCCUUGAAUUGCGCCUCCGCCGCAUCUCUUACCUCCUCACCGGCGACUCGCACUGGACCGGCGAACCCUCACUACCUUUAAAGCCCGAUAAUCUUGACGAGACCGUCUCGCGCCGUCUCCUCCGUCUGGAAAAGGACCUCGAGAGACUCAGCAGGAACAUCCCAGCUAUUUAUGAUGUGAUCCAACUUCACGACCGCUUCCCCGACCUCUUCCACACAGCACCCCCCGAUACCCUCCCCGAAACCUUAACAACCCAGAACCUUGCCUCAAUCGUCCUCUCCUACGCCUCUGCUUUCCCCGAAACCGCCUCCCGGCUCACAUCCCUCAAUGACCUCCCCAUCCCCGACGCUUCCACAUCCGCCGCGUUAAUCCAGCUACAGCCGCAGAUUGACCGCGUGUCGAAGGGGCAGGAGGAGCAGGUGAAGAUUAUUUCGGAAUUGAGAGUUAGGACUGCGAAGGCGUUGCAGAGGUGGUAUGAGGUUGGGCUUGUGGGGAGCGGGGAGUGUUGGGCUGAGUGGGAGGGGAGGCUGGAGGAUGUGGAGAGGGAGGUUCGGAGGGGGGAGGUUGGAAGGAUGAGGAGGGAGAAGGAGAUUUGA